UCAGUUGUUUGUUUAUGUUCUACGCUGGUUGUCAGCGCAAUCAACCCUUUUGCCUUAAUAACUCGUAAAUUUCGUGCCAGAAUAUCGCGCUUAUUUCAUGAAGAUAAACACUCUUGUAUAGUUUUGAAUUUAAAAUCGUUUUUUUCCUAGUCAGAGUAAAAUAACCUUUUUGUUUAAUGUAAAAAUCAGGCGCUAAAACUUGUAAGGUUUCGGUCGUCUACAUCAGGGUUGAAGCCGGUGUUAUCAACAAAAAAAGUAAGCAGCUCUUUAAUCAGCGUAUAAAACUGUCCCUUCCGGCAAUUUGGUAUGCACCGCGGAACUGUACGGUAGUGUGAACACAAAGCGCAAUCACCAUGAAGCAGGUUUUUAUCGGUCAAAUAGUUCACUCCAAAUCGCUGGACGAGCUGGAGAUUUUUGAAGACGGAUUCGUAGCUGUAAACGAUGGCAAGAUCGAAGCCGUUGGCAAACACUCUCAACUGGAUGGUUUACCAGCAUCUCAGUACGACCGAGUCGUGUUAUCACCGUCGCAAUUUCUUCUUCCCGGACUCAUUGAUUGUCACAUACACGCACCACAGGUACCUAACAUUGGACUUGGGUUAGAUAAGCCGUUGCUAGAGUGGCUGGAAUCGUACACUUUCCCGUUGGAAGCGAACUACCGUGACGCCGAAUUUGCUUCACGAGUGUACAAGUAUGUGGUGAACACAACCAUCAAUCAUGGUACGACAACUGCAUGUUAUUUUGCUUCCAUCUUUACGGAGACGAACAAGAUACUGGUUGACGAGAUGUUGCGCCAAGGGCAACGAGGCUUUGUUGGAAAAGUGUCAUCCAAUCGCAUGUGUCCGGAUUUCUACGUGGAGUGCAAUACGGAAACAUCCGUAAAGGACAAUGUAGAUUUCAUACGGUACGUAAUGGAGCGCAAAAGCGAUCUGGUGAGCCCUAUAGUGACGCCUCGCUUUGCAAUAACUUGCGACGAGGAGUUAAUGCGUGAGUUGAGUACGUUGGCCAAACAGUACAGCCUCAACAUCCAGACGCAUGUGUCCGAAAACUUGGGAGAAAUUGAAACGGUAAAGCAACAAUUUCCCCGUGGUUUACACUACUCCGGAGUGUACGAUGAGGUCGGUCUCCUUACGGACAGGACCGUUCUCGCCCACGGUGUCCAUCUUGAGGAGGCUGAGUUGAAGGUACUCUCGGCCCGUGGCACAUCCAUAGCACACUGUCCGAGCUCGAACACAAACCUUGGGUCGGGAUUUUGCGAUGUACGGCGUUUGUUGAAUGCUCGUGUUAAAGUCGGUCUCGGAACGGACGUAGCCGGUGGCAGUGAAAUGAGCAUACUGGCCGCUAUGCGAGGCGCCCUGGGAGUUUCGCAGCAUUUAAACUUUAUGAAAACGCAGGACGUUAAAGGAACGGGAAAAGUGGAUCGCAGUUCUGCCGACAAGGAAGACAAAUACAUUCCACUAACCUACAAGCAGGCCCUCUUUUUGGCUACACUGGGUGGUGCACAAGCAUUGGCCCUGGACAAAAAGGUGGGGAAUUUCGAGCAAGGUAAACAAUUCGAUGCUCUACUGAUCGAUACGGACCCACAGCCGAUCGGAGGCUAUAAACUACCGGAAAGCUUAACGAAGGAAAAAACCAAAGUGCAAUUACUGUUAGAGCUUGUCCAAAAGUUCGUCUACGUUGGUGAUGAUAGAAAUAUUGUGCGUGUGUAUGUGGCAGGAAAACAAAUUAAAGCCUAAAACUGUUGCUUAAAGCAUAUCGAGCUUCUUCAAUAAAAGGAAUGCACACUGUUUUGUAAGCAAACUCAUUCAAAUGACAAAAAACAGAGUCUUGCAAUU